AUGAAUAUUCAAGAGAAAACUAAACAUAAUAAAGAUUGUAUAUUUUAUGGUGGAUAUGAUUAUGUGUUCCAUAAAUCUAGAAAGAAAGCAAUUUAUUACACCUGUAGACGAAAAUGUGGAGGAAGAGCUAAACUCGCUGACACCGAAUUUAGCAUCACCAUAAAACAUUCAGCAACUUGCAAACCAAUCCAAAAUUAUUCUCAAAGUCUAGCAGGUUAUUCUCAAGGUCAAUCUAUGAACCUCCCUGAUCAAGAUGAUUCUCAAAGUCUAGCAGGUUAUUCUCAAGGUCAAUCUGUUAACCUCCCUGAUCAGGACUCUAAUUGCCUAAGAAAAGAUAUUUAUCGAUAUCAACACAAAGUUAUUUAUAACUAAUAUAUAAUAUAAAUAUAUUUUAGCCGACAAAGCUCAAUUAAUGGAUGUCUCUACACAGACAAAUAUCUCAUUUUUUUCAUCAAUAUUAAAUGUAUGUACUGCAGAAUGCCAAACUAUUUAUCUACAAGUUUUGGAUAACACAAAUAGUCCAGUUUUGGAAAACACAAAUAGUCUAAAUAAAUUUCAAUUAUAUUGGUACUAUCUAUUUUUUAACAAAGUUUUGAACCAAGAGAUCUUGGAGGAAAUAGAUGCCCAUAACAGAAAUACCACUAGUCCAGGUAAAUUAUCCAAAUAUUUAUCGGGUUUGCCAAAAGUGGUAUACGUCAAUUUCAAAAUUUAUAGUUAUUAUAUUUUUAUUAUAUGACUUUUUCAUUGUUUCGUCACUGUUAUUUUAUUUAUAUA